CGCAUCCUACCUGGUUAGGAGGUGUAUUGCCCUUCCACACUCUCCCAGCUCCUACUCUCUGGGCUGCUGCUGAGGUGGGAGGCAAAGUCCUGGUUCUGAGAUUGGGCAGUGUUAACAGAAAAAGAGAUCCCAAUGGGUUCUUGGAAAGCUUUUCUCUUCUUCCCUUUUCUUCUGUGGAGUCAAAGUAGAGGGGUGAGGUUGAUGUUCUUAUUAUUGACCCUGCAUUUGGGAAACUGUGUUGAUAAAGCAGAUGACGAAGAUGAUGAAGAUUUAACAGUGAACAAAACAUGGGUUUUGGCACCAAAAAUUCAUGAAGGAGAUAUCACACAGAUUCUCAACUCAUUGCUUCAAGGUUAUGACAAUAAACUUCGUCCAGACAUAGGAGUGAGGCCCACAGUAAUAGAAACUGAUGUUUAUGUAAACAGCAUUGGACCAGUUGACCCCAUAAAUAUGGAGUACACAAUUGAUAUAAUUUUUGCCCAAACCUGGUUUGACAGCCGUUUGAAGUUCAAUAGUACCAUGAAAGUGCUCAUGCUUAACAGUAAUAUGGUUGGAAAAAUUUGGAUUCCUGACACUUUUUUCAGAAACUCAAGAAAAUCAGAUGCACACUGGAUAACAACUCCGAAUCGCCUGCUGCGGAUUUGGAAUGAUGGGCGAGUUCUAUAUACUCUCAGAUUGACAAUUAAUGCAGAAUGUUACCUUCAGCUUCAUAACUUUCCUAUGGAUGAACAUUCUUGUCCACUGGAAUUUUCAAGCUAUGGAUAUCCUAAAAAUGAAAUUGAAUAUAAGUGGAAAAAGCCCUCUGUGGAAGUGGCUGAUCCUAAAUACUGGAGAUUAUAUCAGUUUGCAUUUGUAGGGUUACGGAACACAACUGAAAUCUCUCACACAAUCUCUGGCGAUUAUAUUAUCAUGACAAUUUUUUUUGACCUGAGCAGACGAAUGGGAUAUUUCACUAUCCAGACCUACAUCCCAUGCAUUCUUACAGUUGUUCUUUCUUGGGUGUCUUUUUGGAUCAAUAAAGAUGCAGUACCUGCAAGAACAUCACUGGGUAUCACUACCGUUUUGACUAUGACAACCCUGAGUACAAUUGCCAGGAAGUCUUUACCUAAAGUUUCUUACGUGACUGCGAUGGAUCUCUUUGUUUCUGUGUGUUUCAUUUUUGUUUUUGCAGCCUUGAUGGAAUAUGGAACCUUGCACUAUUUUACUAGCAACAAAAAAGGAAAGACUACUAGAGACAGGAAGCUAAAAAGCAAGGCCUCGCUAUCCCCUGGUCUCCAUGCUGGAUCUACUCUGAUUCCAAUGAAUAGCAUUUCUCUGCCGCAAGGAGAAGAUGAUUAUGGGUAUCAGUGUUUGGAGGGUAAAGAUUGUGCCAGCUUCUUCUGCUGCUUUGAAGACUGCAGAACAGGAUCUUGGAGGGAAGGAAGGAUCCACAUACGCAUUGCGAAAAUUGACUCCUACUCGCGAAUAUUUUUCCCAACAGCUUUCGCACUGUUCAAUCUGGUUUACUGGGUUGGUUAUCUUUACUUAUAAAUUCCAUUCCUGAACAAAAAUUCAUAAGACAUCUGGCUAAAUCUGAUGUAAUCUGUUGUACUUCAGGAAUAAGAGGGUCAAACUUAAAAUGGGGAGAAUCCAAUGGUUAAAAUCUGAAUAGUAUUAUAACUAUUUUAAGGCCUUCAUAGGUAAAUAAAAUAACUACUUUUAAAUUCAUUUACAUAAAUUUACAGAAAAUUCAUUAGUUGUCAGAUCCAGUAUGUUAAAAUAUUAGUAUAUAUAUUAUUAAUUUAUUAGUAUUAAAUCUUGUUAGGAUUUUGAAAGCUUCAUAAGUUAUGUGAUACAUAUUUUAAAGAUGAAAUAAAUUUAGUAUGUAUUUUGUUUAAAUAUAACUAUCAUUGUAUUGGGAGACUAAUGCCUAAUGUUUAAUAACUAUUUUGUCUAGAAACAUUGCUUACUUGAUUUUUUUCCUUGAUUUUUAUUUAUCUGCACUGUUUGGGAUGCAGUUUGUUAAAACAAAUUUGUAAUUUCUUUGAAUUUAUUUCCAAGAUUUUUCAUUCCCCAGAAGACACUGUUUUAUUAUUUUUUUAAAGUUAUUUGUUGUGAAUUGACAACUUGUAGUUGCAUAAAUUUUUGGAGUGAAAAAUGUUAUCAUUAUCUAUGAAUACAAUCUGAAAUAAUUAAAUCAAAAGCUAGUUGGCAAUUACAGGUGACUUAUGAAAUAGCCAGUAUGUAUCUGUCAUUUAAUCCAGUCCAUUUCCUGAUUCAAUAUUAAACAAAACUCUGGCUACAUUUAGUCUGAGGAUCUAUAAAAUUAGAUGGACAUAGUCGCAUUAGUUUUUUCAUAAGCAAGGUGAAAAAAAUUCAGGAAACAUGUUACACUUAUCCAUUUUAUUUUCUGCCUAAUAAUAUUUAUGAAGCAUGAAGAUGUUAACACUGAAAUGCUAAAAUCUGCUCACAUUACAAUUCAAUGCAAAAGGAAAAGAUAAUUGUUUUCUUUAGGUGCUAGAAGAGUGUUACAGUCCCUGAGUUAAGAAGCAUUAGGGAAGAGAGGUUACAUGUAUUCUUUUUUUUUUUUUAAUUUUUUAUUGUUGGUUGUUCAAAACAUUACAAAUUUCUUGACAUAUCAUAUUCUACAUGUAUUCUUAAUGGUUAAAAGUUAUUUAGAAAAUUAGAUUUCAAGUCAUAUUGAGGGUAUGAUCUUAAAUACGUAGUAUUAACAUUUAUUAGACCAUACAUAUCUGGGAAACAGUUUAAGGCCUGUGUCACAUAUUGCCUCUUCCACCUCCAGGAUUCUGGUCCAGUUUCACAACUACAUUAUAAAUUUUCUAGAAAAUGGGGCAAGCCUCAAAAUCAUGUUAAAGGUGGAGCUUUUCAGAGGCAUCCUGAAUGAACUUGAGUGUGGGAGCUCUUUAAAUUUCUACAGAAAACAGUAGAAAAAGUGCCAAUAAAGUCUCACUAUAUGAAAAGACUAUCAAUACUUGCCAACUGUCUCUAGUUAAGAAGGGAAUUAAAGUUAGGCUCCAAUGAUCAUAUUCCAGUAAGUCAUUUAGCAUAUCAAUUUCUUAUACAAGCUCCAUAUUCAUUCACCAAAACCUGAUUCUGGAGAAUCACCACAGUCAGCCAGAAGAUAAACUUUAAAAAGUGUUCCCAUUGCCAAGAGCAAGAUUAGAGUGAAGAGUUUUAUGAUUGAGUCCUUAAAAGAGUAGAAAAUCAAAGGGAAUAUUUUCCCCAGAAGUCUCACUAAAUAUAAAGUUUUGAUGUCACCUUCAUAUUUGACAGUUGAGAUUUUAAUGUGAGUUUCCUCUCCUACUUGGUCAGUGAGUGGGGUUCUGGCAUGGUUAUACUUGUUUUUGGAACAUAUAGGAUUUUUUACCUGGCUAAAUCUGAUUUUUUUUUCACUUUGCUUACAAACCUCUGAGAAAAGAAGCAGGAAUUAAACAGUAAUGACAAAUAUCCACUGAGACUGCCUUUUUUUAAAAAAUGGAAAGCCAAUUAAACUUUGGCUGUGUAUAUAUUCAUUUGUAGAUUAUUCAUGCAUUCAGGUUUAUAACAUCGAGUACUGGUGGAUAUUCUAACUUGGACAUUCAUUUCUGGAUAAAUGAAAAAUAAAGUAUCCAUGAAGAAAUAAAGUACUUCAUUAAA